ACUAGCAGAGCCAAAGUCCGAGAAUAAUACACUUUCGCAAUGUGUGCACUUUGCUAGCAAGGGAAGGACUUUGAAACUGGCCAAAUCUGGGCGUUUUGCAGUGGUGAGGAUAACUUGCCUCGGUACUAUGGCAAGAUUCAGAAAAUCACCUUUAUUCAGUCAUUUGAGCAAGAUCCGGUAGUUAAAUUGCAUGUUGGUCGGCUGAAGGCUACAUCAAAUAAAGCCAUCAUCCAGUGGAUCGACAAGAGCAUGCCCAUUGGCUGUGGGAACUUCCGAGCAACAAAAUCUUCCGAAAUAUUCACCGACCUUGAUGUGUUUUCACGUCAGCUAAGCGCGGACUCAUCCGGAGAUGGAAAUAAUUACAGUAUCAUGCCAAAGAUAGGUGAUAUCUGGGCUAUCUACAGAAACUGGAGUAAUAACAUUGAGGUCUCUGAUCUUCAAUCCCAGACUUAUGAUCUUGUAGAAGUUCUUGAUGACAAAGCGGCGGAUUACAAGGUUUUGCUGUUGGCACCUGAUGGUGGCUUUAAGUUAGUUGACCGUGCAGGUUUUGGUUCAGUAUAUUUGGCUGCUACAGAACACUGGAUUGAUGGUGCUGAUGUGAGAUUCACAAUCCCCAAAUCCGAACUGCUCAGAUUCUCGCAUCAAGUUCCUACAUUGAAAGUAACAAGAGAGAUACAUGGAGCUUUGCAAGAGGUCUAUGAACCUAAUAUUGAUGCACUGCCUGUUAAUUUGAUUCUAUGACUCUGGAGCUGA